GCAGCGGCGACCGCGCUCUCGGUGGCGAAGCGGGCCCACAUUGUCGCUUACUUCAGGGAUGCGUGCCUCGGAACGAAGGCGUGCUACAUCGGGGAGGCGUGCUCCACUGAGGCUCACUUCGUAAUGAAGCUCGCUUCAUCCUGCAGGUGUAACUACUUCAAUAUCCAGGUGUGCUUCGUGGAGGCGUGCGUCAUCAUCGAGCGUAUUUUUGCGGGGGCGAGCUUCAUCGUGGGUGCGCGCUUCAUCAUGGAG